CGCAAAGCACGAAAUUUAUCGAGAUGUUACGAAGGUGAAAGAUGGCAGCCUCCAUUUAAAACUCUUGCUACGAAAUAACUUUAUUUACCAUAAAACUUUAAAAUUAAUAUGACGCCAUCUUUAUUAUAUUUGUUAGUGUAUUUUGGUAAUACUGAUGAAAUUUUCUAGAAUGUUCUAAUAACGAUUAAUCUAUUUAUAGCCAGCGAGGAAAUCCCGGUUGGCUGAUGAUAGCAGACUGUCGCCGAGUCGGUUUUGUAAGUGUUGCAUUUGCAGCUCUGCAUGUUGCAUGUGACUUAAAUGUAGCUUUUCCAAAUAAAGCUGUGUUGCAAGAGUUAAAUGUUGAUUGCCAUUCACGAAACUGAGAGUUGUUCGAUCAGUUGGACAUUCAGUAAACAUAGUUACUGGUGGAAAGGUAGAUGACUAUGAGCUGCUAAGACAAAGUGGAUGAGCUGAGUUACAGAUGGAACGGUAUAUGGAGAUGUGGUGUGUUUUUAAGUGUUACCACUUCUCAGUUGAUCCAGACCUGUGCUCAGACAUGUGACCAAGUGAAGAAUGCCUCUGAAGAAGAGCAACAUGGCAAGAGGAACUAACUCUGCCUUCAAGCUGAAGAAUGGACUGGAGCCAAUCAAAACGUUUGAUGAUUCUGACUUGUCUCAGCUGGAUGAUGGGAAUGCUCGUCGUCAGAGUUCGCAAGCACUGGAUCUCCCGCGGUCUGUCCCCACCCACAUCCUGAUGACGUCCAUCUUGGAACAGCUGUGCUAUCUGUAUAUCCGAGAUGAUGUUUUAGCUCAGGAGCUCUUUAAUUUGAUGUGUAAGCGGCUCGUCAAGUUGAGAGUCAUGUGUCCGAUGAGUUUCAUUGACGAGAUCGGCAGUGUUCGUGCCCAGUACCGUAUCUGUGUCAACAACAUGAUGCAUACCACCAUGAAACAGGUUCUUAAAAAUGCUGGUUCCAUGGCACUGGUGCCAACAGAGACAAGACGAAUACCUGGACUUUGCUACUUGAAUAAUUUCGUUGAGCUACAGCUGCCGAUGGUAUCGUUUGAUGACAUCAUCACGGUCCACACAUCGCGGUAUCACAACGAGUUCUUGGAGCUUGAACGACUGGGCAAGGGAGGAUUUGGAUCAGUGUUUAAGGCAAAAAACCGUUUAGAUGGACGAGAAUAUGCAGUGAAGAAAAUAAAGUUCAAACACAAAAAUUCAGAAAAAUUACUCAAGUUACUGCGAGAAGUGAAAGCCUUGGCUGGGUUACAGCACACACACAUAGUUGGCUACAACGCUGCCUGGUUUGAAAACGACGUCAAACGAACAGCCAACAAUCCUACACCCAGUACUGAAGACAGUAUAUCACGGACCACAGAAAGUAGUUACUCUCCAGUGAAUCACAAAAGUCCCAGUGUCAGCAUACAGUUCAAGAUGUCCUCAGAUGAAGACGAACUGACGGAUCAACAAACCAGUCUUCCUAAGAAAACCCCCACUACUCCCUACAUUAAGGAAAUCAAGGAUGAUGAGGGCCAUAAUAGUAACAGUCCCAAUAUAAAUGGUGCUUCGCUGAUUCGCAGACAGACAAGUGUUCACAGCUUUUUCAAUAUGUCCAUCGUUAAAAAAAGCUUAAUAGCCGGACCUGUGCAAGACAGCAUGGGUAGGUUUGACUUUGACCGAGAACCCAGGGUUUCCUUUCAGAGGAGUAUCAGUUACGAGCCUCCAGGAGAUGGAGGAAGACUUUGUGAAAGUGCCGUGGAAGAAGCAGAGAAUGCUGAUGAAAGCUGUUUGUUAAUGACUAACGUUAUUUUGUACAUACAAAUGGAGUUGUGUUCACUCACGCUGAGUGACUGGAUGAAGAAGAGAAACACCGACAUACACGCUGACUCGAGUGGAGGUGAAAUGUCAAUAAACCAUGACAAUAUGCACAUAUUCAACCAAAUCCUGCGAGGGGUCGACUUCAUCCACUCUCAAGGCCUGAUGCACAGAGAUUUGAAACCUAAGAACAUAUUUCUGCAAGGAUUAGAUUUACAUGUGAAGAUUGGAGAUUUUGGAUUAGCAACAGAAGACUUCCAAGGUUCCAACGGGGAAUCAACAAUCCUCACCCCUUCCCCUGCAGUUAAAGAAUUGUUUGUAUUUGAACACCACACCUCUGAGGUUGGAACUUACACGUACGCAGCCCCGGAGCAGCGUGAAGGAAGGAUAUACGAUAGCAAGUGUGAUAUCUACAGCCUGGGUGUGAUAUUCUUUGAGCAGUAUCAGUGUUUUACCACCGAGAUGGAGCGACACAAACAGAUCAAAGACCUUCGAGCUGGGAAUCUACCGCAGGAGUUUGUCGAUAACUGGCCCUCACAGGCAAAGGCAGUGAAGGAAAUGACAAAGUCGUUUCCCCAGGAGAGACCGACAGCGAAAUCUCUUUUGAUGAGUGAUCUGUUCCUGACUAAAGAUCAGAUUAUUAACAAUCUGAAGCAGAAAUCUAAAGACGACGAGUCAGAAAUAGCCAAGCUACGACAGCAACUCAGAGAGUACGAUCGUCUUGUUCAGGAAAAAGAUCAGGUCAUUCUGGAGAAAGACCAGAUCAUCAUGGAGAUGUCCACUCAGUUGAAACAGAUGCAGUUCCAGUCCUUUUUACCAGGAUAGCAGACCAUAAAGAAUGAAAAUGGUGGAUUCUGAACCACCCUGGAACAAAGAUUUUAUAUCCUGAAGUAGGAUAAAAUGUUCACAGACUACAGUUCACAUCUGUUCCUUUAGGCAAGGAUAUCAUAAGAAAGGAAGUGAUAGACCCUGAACAGCCAUGGAAGUGAUUGUGUAUCCUGAAGUAGGAUCAAAUGUUCACAGAUUACAUUUCACAUCUGUUCUUUUAGGCAAGGAUAUCAUAAGAAAGGAAGUGAUAGACCCUGAACAGCCAUGGAAGUGAUUGUGUAUCCUGAAGUAGGAUCAAAUGUUCACAGACUACAUUUCACAUCUGUUCUUUUAGGCAAGGAUAUCAUAAGAAAGGAAGUGAUAGACCCUGAACAGCCAUGGAAGUGAUUGUGUAUCCUGAAGUAGGAUCAAAUGUUCACAGACUACAUUUCACAUCUGUUCUUUUAGGCAAGGAUAUCAUAAGGAAGGAAGUGAUAGACUCUGAACAGCCAUGGAAGUGAUUGUGUAUCCUGAAGUAGGAUCAAAUGUUCACAGACUACAGUUCACAUCUGUUCUUUUAGGCAAGGAUAUCAUAAGGAAGGAAGUGAUAGACUCUGAACAGCUGUAGAAAAGAUUAUGGAUCCUGAAAUAGGAUAAAAUGUUUGCUAACUGCAAUUUGAAUCUCUUGAAAACAAUAGCCUAUGAAUGGAAAUGCUAGAUCCUGAACCAUCUUAAAAACGAUUUUGUUUCCUAAAACAGGGUUACAAUUUAGAGAAUUUCUGUUUGAAUCUUUUUUUGUCACAAGACUAGGAUACAGUAAGAAACAAGAUGCUGUAUUCAAAACAAGCACUGAGAAAGAUUUCCCAACUUGCAAGAGAAUAAACAUCUGAUAGUAGCAAGUUCAGUGUCCUUUCUCUGAAAAAGAGUUACCGUUACGGUUAUGUUAUAGUCUGUCAUAGCAGGAUAGUGUAUCUGCUGGUAAUAUUUCAAGAAAGCAUGUGCUAUAUACAGGCAUUGAAUCUGAGGAUAUAUUUAUUUCCCAGGAUUCCAUCAGAAUCAUAAACAUUAUUUAAUAUGGAUAUUUUGGGAUUCUGUCUCAUAAUUUUUACUCUUCUGACCCAGAAUCUAAGAUUCACAGAUACACAGAAUCAUGCUAAAUUCACAGCCUGGGUAUAUUUGUAAAAAUGUAUUAGCCUGUGACUUGAUGAAUACUCUCUGCCCAAAUAACCUGCAAACCAUGCCUUUAUGACCAGUUGACUUUGGUAUAAGAGUUAAAACCUACUUACAGUGUAGAAAGGUUAUACCAAAGUGCUGUUACAGGUGCUUGUUAUAAAAGGUUCCACUUUUACAGGUGCUUGUUGUAAAAAGGUUUCAUACAUAGGCUUUUCAUGGAAUAAAGUAUUUUCUUGUGGUAUUAUACAAUGUUAAAUAUGUGCCUAUGAAACUGCAUAUAUAUUAUAGAGGAUAAUAAAUGAAUUGCCAGUUUAUGUCCCGAGUGAAAUAAUAUUUUUCGCUUGUCACAGGUUUUAGUGAGUGACAAAUGAAAAUUGUUUUACAUUAUAAAUUUGAUAACAACUGGUACCAAGUUUGUUAUUCUAUUUAUUACCUCAGCUAUUUUUUCCUUUAUUUUCCAUUAUUCAUAUGUGUGCAUAAAUACAGAAAUGAUGCAAACCACUUUACACAAUGUUCUGAGUAUUGUUACAACUUUGGUUGUUUUUUUUACAGUCACAGAUAAUUAAAACAAAGUUCUGUUUAUUCUGUUAACAAAAAUCUGUAAUCAGUUGUAUUAAAAUAACAUCUUAUUACACAUUUAACACUAAAAACCGAGAGGCGUUGAUACAAAGUCUCAUGCAUGUUUGCCAAAUUGUGAUUACCUUGUAUUCACUGGUUUGUAAAUUGUUCAUUAAUAUUGUAUGUUACACCAAUGCAAGGUAAUUUCUCUGUGAGGAAUUAUGAUUUUUAUUUCCCAGUUAUGAGUGUUUGCUGGGGGAAUUAUUGAUAUCUAUUUUCCCCAAAAUGUGUGUUCUGUAUUAUGUCUUCAUGAACUAAGUUCAAGAAGAGAAUAUGUUUUCCAUAAUAGAAAAUUCUAUGUAUGUUCAGGUUAAAAGUCUGUGUUCAAUUUUGACCAUUAUUGUGAGGAUUAUACUGUUAUAAAUGUGUUCAAAUUUCUUAUGACAAUUUUAUGAACUAUAAUUACUUAUAAUUACUUUUCGAAAAAAAAAACCCACCCAAUUAAAUCAGCUCAGUAAAAACAUGGAAUUCACCAUAAACCUUGAAUGUACCAUUCCAAAAUGUCAUUAGAAGUGUGAACAGUUUAAAAAAAAAUGUUUUGUUUAACGACACUACUAGAGCACAUUGAUUUAUUAAUCAUUGGAUAUUGGAUGUCAGACAUUUGGUCUUUUUGACACAUAGAGAGGAAACCUGCUACAUU